AUGAGAAAUGGUGGUGAGAACUGGAGAAACAGAAUUGAGCUUACACUAGAUGCUCAGCAAACAUUGGUGGCCUGGGAUGGGAACUCACUGGGAAAGGUGGAGUAUUGGCAGUCACCCUGCCCACUGUUCUCUGGUUGUAGGCUACACCUCAUGCAGGUGGACUCGGUCCAGCGUUGGAUGGAGGAUCUGAAGCUCAUGACCGAGUGUGAGUGCAUGUGCGUCUUGCAGGCAAAACCCAUCAGCUUGGAGGAAGACACACAAGGUGACCUUAUCCUAGCAGGUGGUCCCAGCCCAGGAGAUCCACUACAGCUGCUCCUGAAGCGGGGAUGGGUCAUCAGCACAGAGCUUCGAAGGAUCGGGCAGAAGCUAGCCCAGGACCGCUGGGCACGUGUGCACAGCAUGAGUGUGCGUCUAACAUGCCAUGCACGCUCUAUGGUCAGCGAGUACAGCACCAUCAGCAGGACCUCCUCACAGGAAAUGGGCCAGGCAGAGAAGCUGCUCAUGGAGAAAUGUUCUGAGCUCUCAGCAGUCACCCAGAGGUGCCUCCAGGUGGAAAAUGAGCAUGUUCUGAAGUCAAUGAAGGCCUGCGUGAGUGAGACCCUGAGCAUGCUGGGCCAGCACUUUGGCCAGCUACUGGAGCUGGCUCUGACACGGGAAGUGCAGGCACUUGUGAGGAAAAUCAAUACCUCAGACAAUAUCUACAUCAUGGAGUCUACCACAGGGAACCUGUUCAGCCUGACCCAGGAGGGGGCUCCUUUGUGCCGCAUCAUAGCCAAGGAAGGUGGAGUUGUAGCCCUCUUCAAGGUCUGCCGGCAGGACAGCUUCCGGUGCAUGUACCCUCAGGCUCUCCGCACACUCGCCUCUAUCUGCUGUGUAGAAGAGGGUGUCCAUCAGCUGGAGAAGGUAGAUGGUAUCCUGUGCUUGGCGGACAUCUUGACCGAUGACAGCCACUCAGAGGCCACUCGAGCUGAGGCUGCAGCUGUGGUGGCCCAGGUUACCUCCCCACAUCUGUCCUUCACCCAGCACCUCACUAGCUUCCUGGAGAACAUGGAGGAGAUUGUGACAGCCCUCAUCAAACUGUGCCAAGAGGCCUCAUCAGGGGAAGUCUUUUUGCUGGCCUCUGCAGCCCUGGCCAACAUCACCUUCUUUGACAAAAUGGCCUGUGAGAUGCUUCUGCAGCUGAAUGCCAUCCGUGUCCUCCUGGAAGCCUGCUGUGACAAGCAGAGAGUGGACACACCUUAUACUCGAGACCAGAUUGUGAGCAUCUUGGCAAACAUGUCUGUGCUGGAGCAGUGUACCUCUGACAUCAUUCAGGAGAAUGGUGUCCAGCUCAUCAUGGGCAUGCUGUCUGAGAAGCCAAGGUCUGGGAGCCCCGCUGAGGUGGCAGCCUGUGAAAGGGUACAGCAGAAAGCUGCGGUGACCCUGGCCCGCCUCUGCCGAGACCCACAUGUGGCCCAGGAGGCAGUGCGGCUCAGCUGUAUGUCUCGCCUUAUUGAGCUCUGCAGAUCCCCAUCUGAGAGGAACAACAGUGAUGCUGUGCUUGUGGCCUGCCUGGCUGCUCUGCGUCGGUUGGCCGGUGUCUGCCCGGAAGGCCUCCAGGAUUCUGACUUCCAGCAGCUGGUGCAGCCUCGGCUUGUGGAUUCCUUCUUGCUGUGUAGCAACAUGGAGGAGAGUUUUGUGUAGUGAGUGUGGGAGAGGAGGCACACUGUGCACAUCUCA